AUGAUCGAGCAGGUGAUGGAGGUGUGCGGCUGCUCGCGCGAGGCGGCGGAGCGUGCUGCCGCCACCCGCUCACCAGGCGUGGAUCUCGCCGUCGACCUUGUGCUCUCCACGAUGAGCACACACACAUCGCUACCUUCGGGCUUCGACGCUCCGCCUCAGCCGGCGAAGCUGGUCUGCCUCGUCCGGAAGGACCUCGGGAUGGGCACCGGCAAGGUGGCGGCGCAGGCAAUCACAGAGCGCGCGAGUGUGAGCGGGACACCAGAGAAUGCUUACGCCCGGCUGCCUCCCUUGCAGGUGGCGCACGGGGCUCUAGCCGCGUACCGCGCGGCGGUGCGGCGACGGGACGCGGGCGACGCUUCGGUCCCCUUCCGCUCGUGGGAGGAGGGCGGCGAGCCGACGGUCGUCCUGGGCGUGGAGGACGAGGCGCGGGCCUCUGCGCAGCUCGAUGGGUUGCUGGCGCAGGCGGAGGCGCGGGGGUUGCCGACGGAGCGGGUCGCGGACGCGGGGCGGACAGAGGUGGCAGCCGGGUCGGUGACGGUCGGCACCAUCGGGCCGGCAAACAACUCGGAGAUUGAUGUAGUCACGGGUGGACUGUCGCUGCUGUGA